AUCAUUAUCAAAGCUUGCAUGAUUCUAUAUAUAUACAUUUUGUUGCAGUAACAAGAUUGACAACAAACAACACCAAGAAAAUUAAAAAUGCAGCAUGUCUCUUUCUCAUCAUUUUGCUUCUUCUUCUUCUUCUUUUUGUUUUUCUUUAUCUUUUUAUUGACUCCUAAUGAUGAAGUCUCCGCAACAAGCGCGUUGUCUGUAGAUAUAAUCAACAAAACCUGUAAAACAUGCUCAGACAGAUCCUCUGUCGUCAACUAUACCUUCUGCUCGGCAUCACUCCAGGAAAUUCCUGUCAGCCAUGUGACAAACCUUCAAGGUCUAGCAAUAGUUGCAAUGGAGCUAGCUUUACAAAAUGCGACCAACACGCUUUCAAUCAUUAAAGAGUUAGUGAACAACGAAACCUUGGGUCCUUCAUCUUUGGCUUGCUUGAGCGAUUGCUCACUGCUUUACUCUGAUGGGGUUGUAACACUGGUGGAUACCGUUGGAGCAUUUUUGACAGGGCAGUACGGAAAUGCUGAUGCCUGGGUUAGUGCGGUAAUGCAAGGAACGGCAACGUGUGAGGAAGGGUUUCAAGAUAUGGAGUUAGUGUCCCCACUGACAAAAGAGAAUUACAGUCUUUUCCAGUUAUGUGAUGUUCUUUUAUGCAUCAUGAACUUACUUGAUUCAGAUGUAAAAUCUUAACUCUUUUCUUUUCUGUUUUGAUAGAAAAACCUUAACUGUUAAGUCUCAUUGAACUCGAAAUUCUUUUUUCCGUGUUUCUUGGCUGAUUUA